AUGGAGGAGACGAUGAUGAUGGCGGCCGGACAGGAGAAGCCACAGAAGCGGGUGAGGUUCCGCGUGGCUUCGGGGAACAGCGGCCGGGUCCUGAAGGAGAUGUUCAAGGACGAGGGUCCUGCAGACUCUCUGGACUCAGACUGCACCAGCAGCUCCGACGCUGAACGAGCCAGCACGCCUUCAACCAGCGGAGACGCUCACCUGUACGCUUACCUGGGCUCAGAGCUGGACGACAGCGAGAGCAAUGAGCCUGAUGAGCUGCUGAUGUACGCUGGAGCCACCAAGGACUGGAUGUUCACCACCAAGAGGGUCAACAUCCUCAGCAAGAACGGGACCGUGAGGGGGGUCAAGCACAAAGUCAGCGCAGGUCAGACGCUGUUUGAGAACCUUCCCACUUCCAACAGUAUGGAGUUAUCUCUGGAGUUCGGGCGGAUAGUGAUCUACACCACCAGUUUCCGCGUGGUGAGGACGACCUUCGAGCGCUGCGAGCUGGUCCGGAAGAUCUUCCAGAACCACAGGGUGAAGUUCCUGGAGAAGAACAUCGCGCUGGACAUCGAGUACGGGAAGGAGCUGGAGGAGCGCUGCAGACGGGUGGGAGAGCCUCCGUCACUACCGGUGGUGUUCAUCGAUGGUCACUACCUCGGGGGUGCUGAGAAGAUACUUGGCAUGAAUGAAUCAGGAGAGCUGCAGGAUCUUCUGACAAAAAUCGAGAGGGUCCAGCUGCCCCAGACGUGCCAGACCUGUGGGGGCUUCGCCUUCGUCCCGUGCCCAAUGUGCCAUGGCAGCAAGAUGUCCGUGUUCCGUAACUGCUUCACGGAUUCCUUCAAAGCCCUCAAGUGCACUUCCUGCAACGAGAACGGCCUGCAGCCCUGCGUCAGCUGCAGCCGCUGAGGACGGAAAGAGCCUCAAACGUUCCUCUCUGGGACUUUACCAGGACCUUCAGCUGGACUGGGACAGGCAGAGAACAGA